AUGAGGAAAUGGACUAUGGAGAGCAUGCAAAGCUUCCUGGACAACCUGGCCAGGACGGCACCGCCCAUCGGCGGUCAUGACGAGCAGGUGAGCACAUGGAUGAGGCAGGUCCGUGACCUCGCCCACGACUGCCGCAACUGCAUCGACCUCUACCUCCAGCGAGGUGACCCGGCGGUGUACCGUGCCAGGGGCGGCCGCUGGCGCUAUCUCUGGUGGGCUUCCUGGUUGCUGCACAAGAUCAUCGCCCAGCACAGGGCGGCCAUCCGGCUUGGUGACCUCAAGGAGAGGGUACGCGAUGUUGGCGAGCGACGGUUCAGGUAUGGCGUGGAGAUCCCGGGGAAGGCGGCGGUGGCGGGGCACUCUGCAGCAGCACCGUCAACUCAAGCUGCUGCCUUGCUUCUUGCCGCAGCAGAUGAGGAAGACGACAAGGACGAUGACAGUGUUCACAUUCAAGCGGUGGCAGUGGUGGCAGACAGUUCUAAUCCCCGUCAAAGAGCUCUGGAGCCUCGCGCUCAUUUCGAGCACAGGAUCCUGGUCGACCUCCAUAAGGUUCACCACUCUUUUAAAUUGCUGCGACCCUUCAAGAUUCUUUACUACAUCCUGCGGGAGCUUGAGCAUGGCAAAACGCAAUCCCAAGAAGCCAAAGAUCAAGCCGAGGAGGAAGAGCACGGUAAUGAUGAUGUUGAUAACAGCAGAGGUGGUGGUGAUGAGGAGGAGGAGGAGGAUGAAGAGGAGGGGGAGGAUGAGGACAUGGAUAUGAAGGAAGAGGAGGAGGAAGAAGAAGAAAACGACGACGACGACGAUAGGGAUGAUGACGACAGACGUUGGCAAGCCUACCGAGAAACAAGCAAAGUGCAUUAUGAGAUGAUGAAAACCAUAAGGAAAAUGAAGGUUAACAUCGAGAAUAUGAAGAUCAGCAAUAAGAUUGAACAAAUCAAGGGAAAGAUUCAAGAAAUGAAGGCGGAGCAUUUGAGCAAGGAGGGAGGUGUUAUACACCCAACCAAGAAAAGCAACAAGGAGGCCCAGGGCGCCCAGGAGCAAGACAAACCAACAGGCAAACUAACCUCAGAGAACAUGAUUAUAUUGGGCGAUCACCAAAACAACCAAGAAGGCACCCUUGUGACUGUUGAGAAACUGUUGGACAAAAUUGAGAGGAACAUUGCAAAGCAGCUGCUGGUCAAACGGAUAGUGGACAAGAUUAAGGGAAAUUUGCAAGAAGCACUGAAGAACUGCGCAAGCUGUGAGGACCUGCAAGAUUCCAAGAAAUCAUGGGCCACUAAUGCCAAGAAGAUAUUCAAGUUCUCCUAUAACGACCUGCCCAGAGAACACAAGUCCUGCCUAUUGUACCUAGCCAUCUUCCCUCAAGGUUACAACAUCCAUCGGUCAACUGUAGUAGGCCGAUGGGUUACAGAAGGGCUGAUAACUAAGGAAGACUGGUGCACUGCAGCGCAUCAUGCUGACCGAUGCUUUGACAAUCUCAUCAACCGGUGGCUUGUUUUGCCAAAAGUUAUCAGUGCUGCAGGAAAGGUCAAGAGCUGUGUGGUAGUGGUAUCCGACUCCGUGCCUCUGAUAGCAUCAAGAAGUAUGUCAGAAAGCUCCAUCUUCAGUGGUAUCCGACUCCGUGCCUCUGAUAGCAUCAAGAAGUAUGUCAGAAAGCUCCACAAGUAUUCACCUCAACUACCAUUGCUCAAGUUGCUGGACCUUGAAGACUGUCCUUGGUUGAAUAAUGACCGUCGCUACCUCAAGGACAUCUGCAGCAAAAUAUUACUUCUCAAGUAUUUGAGCCUAAGGAGAACAAACAUUACCCAUCUGCCCAGUGAAAUCAACAACCUCCACGAGCUUGAGGUAUUGGAUAUCCGGCGUCUUCUAGCUGGCCAUGCUGAUCCAAGCACAAGCAACAGUGUCCGCAUCCCUUGCAAGAUCGAGAAAAUGGAAAACAUGGAGGUGCUGUCAAAUGUAAAGGCUUCACGGCAUGGACAUGAGAUAAAAGAAAUUAGAAAGCUAUGUAGCCUGAGGAAGCUCGGUGUGGUUAUUGACGACAACGAAGCUCAUCUCAGAAAUUUCCUUCGAGUUGCCAGUGACCUAAAAGAGUACCUCCAGUCUGUUUCAAUCACUAUAACAGAAACCAAAAGUAAAGUCACGCAACCCAUUCAUGAGCUGCUAACAGCGGAAAUGUACAGACGCUUGAUUCAACCUCCCAAGAGUCUUGAGAGCCUAAGCAUUAGUGGAACGGCCACACAGAAGAGGAAACUUCUCCCAUCGUUGGUCAAAGGAACCAAUGAACUUGAGAAGGUAACUCUGAGCAGAACUUCCAUGGAGCAAGACGAUCUAAAUGACAUCGCUGAGUUGCCUAACUUACAAUGUGUCAAGCUCCGGCAUGAGGCAUACAACACUCAGCACAAGUACACCUUCAAGAAGAAUGAAUUCCAACAUCUUAAGUACUUUCUUGUUGAAGGCCACAACAUGAGUGACAUCACCUUUGAAGCUGGAGCAGCUCCUGAGCUCGAGAAGAUCAUCUUGUCCUCUACGUACCGAGAUAAAGUCUCUUUGUGGGGUUGGUGGUCUUCCGAAGUUGACGGAGUUCAAGGCCCCAACAUGUCUGAAAUCAUAUUUGAAGAAGGAGCACUUCCUGAGCUUGAGAAGAUCACCUUGUCCUGCACCGACAUAAGUUUUCUUUGUGGGGUUGACAAGCUCACCAAAUUGAAGGAGAUCGAGUUGAAGCAUAACAAGAAGCUCCUCUCAUUAUUUGAGCAAGCCAAUCAAACUACUAAGGUGACUCUUUAUGACACCUUACUCAAGCAAAGCGAUCUACAUAGCCUCGCUACCAAACCAAAAGUUAUCUGUCUAGAGCUCUUGGAGAAGUCCUGUGAUGAAAGUGGGCUUAUCUUCGACAAAGGCCAGUUCAAAAUGCUCAAGAUUCUUGUUAUCAAGUGCUCCAAUAUCACCAAAGUUAACUUCACUGAGAAAUCUGCUCCUAUUCUAAAGAAGUUCAUCUGGUCCUAUAGCAAGAUUGAGUAUCUCUCGGGCAUGGAGAACCUUGUGAAACUCAAGGAACUCGAGUUCAGUGGUGGCCUUGUCCCUCAUAAGGUGAGAAAUGACAUCGAGACACAUAAUAAUAAACCUCUUCUUAUACACAAGAAGCCGGAGCAACAGAACCAAGAAAAAGACAGUGAACUAGAAGACGAAGACGACGCAAGGUGUUCACCUAUCUCCUGGAUCUUGAAAAAGAAGCAGGUUCAGCCGUAA